CAUAUCUGUAAUGUCUCAAAAUUCGAUAUAUCAUUCCAAAUUCGAUGCUUUUGGUUAAUUUAUACCACAAAUUGCUUCAAGUGGCCACGCCGUAUUGAGCUGUCAAACCAGUGAAUGGAAUUGAAUUGGAAAUAGUUGAAGAAGAAAAAAAUUCUGAGCAAAGUUUGUGGGAAUUUCGCGGAAAUGUUUGGUUAAUAAAUUUGAGCUUUGAAAACAUUGUAAGUGUUAAAUAGAAAAAAUAUUAAAUCGAAAAAAAUUUAACGCCGAUUAAAUGUAUUAAUUGCCAAAUUUUACACGUUUGUAAAAACAUAUCAAAAGUGCGUCUGGUUUUUGGUCGCGCGGGUGCAUCAGUCGAGGGUAAGACAACGUGAAAAUUAUAAAGAAAAAAUAUGUAAAAAAGUCGUCAACCCGAGUGGCGCUGUGUUAAAAAAAGCAAGAAACAACAGAAUCAAAUUUAUAAAGAUCACGAGCAGCAACAGUUAAUCGCAGCAGUGUGAGGCGUAGUAAAAUAAUUUGCAUUUCCAAUUUGAACCGAUAUAAUUUCGUUGUGUCCAUCAAUAUUUUCGGCCAUAUACGGGCGUACGUGUGAACGUGUUUUCCGGCGCUGGUACGCUGACUUGGUGGACGCGCAACACAUCGAGUAUACGCGAAAUAUGGGUGGUUGCAUCGGCAUACACAGCACCGAUAAUGAGACAGUCAGCGUGUCCUCAGCGAGCGUUUCGAGGCCAGCAACAGCGGCGGGCGGCGGCCCAAUGGGCCCAUUACGCAAAAAUCGGCCACUGUGCAAUGAGACUAUACGUUGGCGUUCCGAUGUGCCACUGACCGAGGGACAGUUGCGUUCAAAACGCGAUGAAUUCUGGGAUACUGCGCCGGCGUUCGAUGGUCGCAAAGAAAUUUGGGAUGCGCUGCGGGCAGCAACAAAUGCGGCAGAAGAACUGAACUUCGAAUUGGCGCAGGCAAUACUUGACGGAGCGAACAUCUCCGUGCCCAAUGGUUACCUCACAGAGUGUUACGAUGAACUCGGCACACAAUACAAAGUGCCAAUCUAUUGUCUAUCGUAUCCUAUCAAUAUUGUUAAAGAGGAGAAUGGACGCGAUUCACCAGCGGAAUUCUCAGAGCCAGUCGACGGUGGCACUGAGGUAUUCUUAAAAUUACGAAUAUCGUCCACAAUGUCUGAUAUUAAAUUACCAGUAUACUCAAAAGACACUGUUGGGCAGUGUAAAAAGAAAUUACAGGCUGUGGAAGGCAUCGAUGCCUGCUGUCAGCGUUGGUUCUACAGUGGCAAAUUACUCGGCGACAAAGUGCCCAUAGACGAGUGCAGCAUACAGAAUGGUUAUGUGGUGCAAGUCAUCGUGAACACGGAGCAUUAUAAUCACGACAACAGUACAAUUAUACCGGUUGCAAGCUAGCCAAGUGUUUACGCCAGCGUAAAACAUACCAUAUUAGCGACUAGAACUGCUAUGGCAACACCAACAGCAACAACAACAACAAGAACAACAUCAUCAACAAUGUUAAUAGCCAUAACAGCUGUGUGCAAUGGCGGUGUCACAUUUGCAUGCGUCAUAUUCAAAAUAUUUAUUAACGUUUUAAGUAUGAAUGAGAUAACGAAAACGUAUAACAGACAGCACCGCUGUGUAAAUUUAAACGAUUCACUUGAAGCGGGCAUUAAACUGACGCUUUAGUGUGUAGGCGCGCAUUGUUGUUGUAUUUACAUUGAGAUUACGAUCUUAAGAAUCGUUUGAAUGCAUUAAUUGUUGUCAUUUUUCUAUUAGUUUCCACGAUUGCAUCACAUUUUCCUUUCUUUUGAAUUUAUAUGCAUACGUUCAUUAAAUGAGGCUUACUGUCGUUGCGAAAAUCGUGGAAAAUUAUUUCGGAAUUCUGCUGUUGUUGUACGCCAACAUGCAUUUGUUGGUUGUUGUUGUUGCUGCCGCCCGACUGUUGUUGCUUUCGAGCAACAGACUGUGCAGCAGAUAUUACAAGCACACAUACAGACACACACAUCCACACGUCUACAAAUAUAUAAAUAUAUUAAAUAAUAUAGAAUGAAUGUUUGAUUGAGAGGAAAGUUAUGAAAAUAUGCAAAAUUUGUAAAAAAAUGAAAGUGUUUAUUUGAAAUAGAAAAAAGGUUUGAAAUUUUAGAACAAAAAAAAAACACAAUAAAAUAAAGUUUUGUAAUUUAAUUUGUUAAAAUCAA